AAGAGACGUGCAAAAGUAGUAUGACUCACCAAGAAUGGGGUCCGGAGGACCAGCAGGCACCGCAGACCAUGUCGACAGCGCUGCUGCACGACUGAGAUUUCUAGGAGCGAUACGAGCCAGAGGACGAGAGAAGGCUUGCAUUUUGAAGGGAAGGGAAAGGGUAUGAAGAUGAAAAGAAAGUGAAAAGCAACUGAGGGUUUUGAGGACGGUGGCUAGCUGUACACUCGAGUGACUGUGCUGGACUCAUUCUCGUCCGCCAGAGGUUUCAGCCGGGAUUAGAGCGGGGCGAGCCGAGAUUCCCCGGACCCUAACCUCGUUCUAGGUGUACUCGAUCAGAUAACUUAAGACUUUCGAAAGUUUCAAUCUUCGAGUCAAGCACAUAGAGUCACCAUCCCCGUAAUUAUAGCUGUAGCUCUCGUGCUACCAACCCAGAAACAUCAUGGCCGACGCAGAAAUCAACCAGGUUCCUCCGAGUGAAGAGACGCUACACGGUAUGCCAGUAAAGCGGAGGGCGAAGAGACGAAAGGCCCGUCCAAGAGCGAGCUGAAGAAGCGAGCGAAGGAGGCAGAAAAAGCAAAGAAAGCUGCAGAGAAGGCUGCAAAGCAAGCAGAGCUUGAGGCUCAGAGGGCAGCUGCUGAAGUUGAUUUUGCUACUGAAUUCCAUGGCAAACUUCCCCUGAACCAGUCGCAGACCCGACCUCGUCGACCUCGAGUUCAAAUCGCAUCGCUGAACCCCAACAUGGAUGGUCAGACUGUUCUCUUACGUGCCAGAGUCCAGACGUCUCGUGCACAAGGGAAUAAGAUGGUAUUCUUGAACCUUCGUCAACGCAUUGACUCUGUGCAGGCCCUUCUCACGGUCACACCAGAGAAGGUGAGCAAGCAAAUGGUGAAAUGGGCCGCAAGCCUGCAGGACGAGAGUAUAGUACUUGUCGAGGGUGUUGUCAAGAAAAGCCCAGAGAUCAUUAAAAGUGCCACUGUUGGGGAUGUCGAGCUCCACCUUUCACAGAUCCAUUUAAUUGCUGGUCUUGAAGGGCGUCUGCCUUUCACUGUCGAAGAUGCCGCACGGCCUGACACGGAAAUCGAGACAAAUGAGGAAGUCCAGUAUAAGCGUGUUCUGCUUGACACACGUUUGAAUAACCGCGUCAUUGACCUUCGAACUCAAACCAACCAAGCUAUCUUCAAACUUCAACACGGAAUUGGCCAUUUCUUCCGUGACUACCUCGACGCACAAGGAUUCAUCGAGAUCCACAGUCCCAAGUUGCAGGGUGCUGCUACGGAAUCUGGUGCCUCCGUAUUCAAAGUCAGUUACUUCAAAGGCAGUGCCUUCCUUGCCCAAUCGCCGCAAUUGGCGAAGCAAAUGGCUAUUGCCGCUGAUUUUGAGCGUGUCUAUGAAAUUGGACCUGUAUUCCGUGCAGAAGACUCGAACACCCACAGACAUAUGACUGAGUUUAUCGGUCUCGAUCUGGAGAUGGCGAUCGAGGAGCAUUAUCACGAAGUCAUGGAACUUCUCGAUAGCUUGUUCAAACACAUGUUCGCCAGUCUCAGGGAGACGUACAAGAAUGAGAUCGAUACUGUCCGCAGACAAUUCCCUGCCGAUGAUUUCAAGUGGAGGGAAGGUCCCGAGGGCACACUCAGGAUCAACUUUAGGCAGGCCGUCGACUUUCUCGUAGAGGAUGGUGUCCCUAGGGAGGUUUUGGAUGAUAUCAACACGGAGAACGAGAAGCGACUUGGUCGCAUUAUCAAGGCUAAAUAUGACACUGACUAUUUCAUCAUCGACAAGUUCCCUAUGGAGCUCCGACCUUUCUACACCAUGCCUGAUCCUGAAGACCCCACCGUCACAAACUCAUAUGACUUCUUCAUGCGUGGCGAAGAGAUCCUUUCCGGUGCCCAGCGUAUCCACGACCCUACCUUGCUCGCCGAGAAGAUGCGCAGCAAGGGCGUAGAACCGGAAUCAAUGGCUUUCUACGUCGAUGCAUUCAAGAUGGGAUGUCCACCUCACGGUGGAGGAGGUAUCGGUCUCGAACGUGUGCUCAUGUUGUUCCUCAAGCUGAACAACAUUCGGAGAGCGUCGCUGUUCCCCAGGGACCCGAAGAGACUAGAGCCCUGAUCGGGACUUGUGCCUGAGUGUUUCAAUUCGGACCAGCAGUGUAUAUCAAUCAAGUAAACUUCGAAGUGUAUUGCCUAGAAUGUAUCCAUGGUUAUGAUCUUGACUGAAGCUGACCGACUCAGAGGGGAUCCUGUUGUCAGCCUCGGCUCUUUGGUACACCCACCGCAGGGCUUCGUCAUGCCCGAAGAUCUCGAUGACUGCUCUGAAGCCGUUCCUCAUUGUCACCAAUUCGUCGGUCCUGGUCCGUCCAUGCAUGUGGUCUCUAGCCCGACCCCGGUUAACGACACGCAAACCCUCGAUGCCGGCAUUCCAAACCGAGAUGACCCGGAAGAUCAUAGCGGGAUGCAAUACGUCGGCAUCAGUUUCGUUAUCGUCCUCGUGAUCGUAUCUAUCGCGCUGUGGGUGGGAUUUACUAAGACGUCCAGGACAAAGAUCAGGGGGUGGUAUCACAGAGCAAGGGGAAGAGGGAAACCGCAGCAAGACUUACACCUCGAGACAGCUCAGCCUAUGGAAGUCGAAAGUCCAGACCCACUACUGCUUCCCAACGGUGCAGUGCUCCCAACCCUGCCUCGUUUACCCCGUACACCGCGCCUUCCGACCUCUCCAGGGACCUCCAUCAGCUCACGACCUAAUCCAGAGAGGAAUCAAAGCAUGGAAUCAGCCAAAAUGAGCCGCCAGAAUUCGAAGGAUGUGGUGGAGGCGUCACCAAGGGGCAUUGGAACACCGACUUUCGAAGAGGCUGUAAUGCAGGCUCUUCCACCAUAUUCACCACGCUGAUAUAUUCAAUUUCUCUACCAUUCUUUAUAUUUUAUGAACAUGGGAUGGACAUGGCUGCUACUUUUCUCACAUCUGCAUCUGCAGUACCUUGUUCAAUGUAUUUGAUCGUGCUUUUGAUUUUGGAAUUCAUCUUGAACACUUUCCAACUUCGUGCAUGUAUAAUAAAGCGUCCUCGAUCACGAUCAUUCGCUUCGCUCGG